UAAUAUCAAUAAUGCUUUUCAACUAGAACGGUGAAUUCCCUACGUUUUCUUGUAUUACGUAGAUUGCAACAGGAAAUCGGUUAACACAUCACAUGUCAUAUGCUAUACCGAAUCCUGUUCAGUUCACAAAUAGUUUGGAAAUAUGAUAGCAACACUUGUGUUGAUGCUAGUGUCUCUUAAUUGUGUGCACGCUACAUGCAAUUACCAUGGAACCAUACACCAAAUCGGAACGAGUUUUCCUGAUAUUGACGGAUGUAAUACUUGUUACUGUGAGGUAAACGGUAUAUCAUGUACAGAAAUUGGUUGCUUGAAUCCGUCUGGUUGUAAGUAUGAUGGAAUAUAUUAUAAUAUCGGUGAUUCAUUCCCCAGCAUCGACAAAUGUAAUACAUGUACGUGUGGCUCUGGUGGUUCCGUAGCCUGCACGGAGAAGGCAUGCUUAUAUGGGCAUUAUAGCCUUUGUUUUCAAAUAAUUAUGAACCAAGAAGACGUGUCACAACAGGUGACUGAUAAAGAUAUUGAAAGUUCAUAUCGUAUACCAUUUAGUGUCCCUGUGUACAAAGAGUGCGGAAAUAUGUUGAAAAUAUUUGUAUUAAUUUUAGUGUCUCUAUACUGUGUUCACGGUAAAUCUCACUGUAGCUAUCAACAUCAUCACUAUGACAUAGGAGCAACAUGGCCUACAUUAGAUGGAUGUAAUACAUGUUCGUGUACCCUGAAUGGUGUCCAUUGCACAGCAAACCCAUGCCCAACUGAUAACACCAAGCAAGAAUGCCAUGUAAACCAACAUAUCUAUAAAUUUGGCGCAACAUGGACUGCUACUGAUGGGUGUAACUUAUGUUCCUGUACAGAUACUGGUGUACACUGUACAAAUCAUCAUUGUCAAGUGGCUGCAACAUGCACCUACCAUGGCACCAUACACCAUUUGGGAUCACGUUUUGAUGCCAUUGACGGAUGUAAUACUUGUAUGUGUAUGGAACACGGUGUGGCCUGUACUGAAAUGGGUUGUAUAAACCCCUCAGCUGGUACAUGCAACUACCACAGAAUAGUUUAUAAUGUUGGCGAUUCAUUUAAUUCUACGGACGGCUGUAACACGUGUCAUUGCACAUCCCAUGGUGUGUCAUGUACUGAAAUGUUUUGUGGUGUCCUUCACCCAACUGUGCAGCAAGCAAAACAUGUUAGAUCAUCUGUUUACCAGAUUGGAUUUAAUUGUAACUAUAACGGUAAACAAUUCAAUGUUGGAGAAAGUUGGCCAGCAACAGAUGGAUGUAACACAUGUUCCUGUCACUCUGGAAAGCUGGUUGUUAGAAUGACAUGUACAGAAAAUAUGUGUGAUAGGGUUGGAAAUUGUGCGUACAAUGGAAAAUCAUAUAAGAUGGGAGAAUCCUUUCCAAGCAUCGACAAAUGUAAUACAUGUACAUGUGGUUCGGAUGGUUCCUUAUCCUGCACGGAGAUGGCGUGUGUAUUCAACGUUGACCAACAACAUUUAAUCAACUUGGGGAAAAGAUCAUCUGUUUAUCAAACUGGAUUCCAUUGCCAUCAUGAAGGAAAUCAGUUUAGUGUUGGCGAAAGCUGGACAGCCUCAGAUGGUUGUAAUACAUGCACCUGUCAUGCUGGAGAUAUUCUAGUCCGCAGGACAUGUACUGAGAAAACUUGUGCAGUCGUUGGAAAUUGUGCGUACAAUGGAAAAUCAUAUAAGAUGGGAGAAUCCUUUCCGAGCAUUGACACAUGUAAUACAUGUACAUGUGGUUCGGAUGGUUCCGUAUCCUGCACAGAGAUGUCAUGUUUAUCUGAAGUUGACCAACACCUAUUAAUCAACCUGGGGAAAAGAUCAUCUGUAUAUCAACGUGGAUUCCAUUGUCGGUAUGAAGAAAAGCAGUUUAAUAUUGGCGAAAGCUGGACAGCAUCAGAUGGUUGUAAUACAUGUUCAUGUCAUGCUGGAGAUCUUAUAGUCCGCAUGACAUGCACUGAGAAAACUUGUGCAGUUGGAGGGCAGUGCACAUACCACGGAAAAGCCUUUAAAGUUGGAGAGUCGUUUCCAAGUAUUGACAAAUGUAACACAUGUUCCUGUGAUGCGGACGGAUCUGUCCCUUGUACUGAAAGAUUUUGUUUAUUGAAUGAAAACCAAGCCGGUUAAUGCCGUGGACAUGUUAUGGCAGUGUGUAUAAAGAGUACUUUUUCCACAAGGAGAUAAACUUACAUAGAAGACUGUUUUAAUUAAAACAAUUUUAUUUAGGG